UUUAUUGAUAAAAAUAGAAUUUCUUACGAAAUUAUUUCAAGUCAAGUUCACCGCAUGGAUUUUUAGAAAUGAGGAAAAUUUGGACUCAGCAGAUCAUUUAUUGUUAAAGUAUUACAUUGAAAAGAGUCAGAGGUCAUAUGAAAAGGAGCGGAUUGGUAAUAUACAUGCAACUACAUGACCUUUAGUACACAGGAUUUCCAGAUUUGUCGGUCAUCUUUAGUUUAGAGGAUUGAUGCUAACCUUGACUAUUGUUGGAGUAUUAUAUCUUUAAAAGGCGAGAAUAGGAUGUUGAGCAGCCUUUUCUACAAACAUGGACAUUUUUGUGCCAGCCGACCGUGGGAAGUCAUUCUUGCGACAUUAACCCUGUCAGCCUGCUUGGCCUCAGUUGGAAUUUUCACAACCCCGGAUAGAGUCUGUGGCUGGAACUAUGAAUGUGAAAAACAUCAGCACCAGGAGAAAGGUAACAGUGACCACAUCUUCCUGUCCAUCAUCAAACUCGCAGCUGUUCUGUCCACAUACCUUCAAUUUAGGAAUCUUCGCAGAUUUGGAACAAGAUAUCUCUUGGGUAUAUCUGGUAUAUUCACUGUGUCUUCCAGCCUUGUGUUCAGUAUUGCCAUCAUCAAAAUGUUUGGAAAUGACCUAUCAGGAUUGACUGAAGCUCUUCCAUUUUUCCUGCUGCUAAUUGACCUCUCCAAAGCCUGUGCCCUGGCCCGAUUUGCCCUGAAUUCCAAGAGCCAGGAAGAGGUGCAGGAGAACAUUGCCCAUGGAAUGUCCAUACAUGGUCCAGUCAUGACAUUAGAUGCCAUUUGUGAGAUUCUAGUCAUUGGAGUCGGCACUUUGUCAGAUGUCACCCACUUAGAAAUGAUGUGUUUCUAUGGCUGUUUGGCUGUCCUGGCUAACUAUUUAGCAUUCAUCAUGUUGUACCCAGCAUGCCUAGCUUUGUUCCUAGAGGUAGUCAGAAAAAGAGGUAAAGGCCAGGGACUGAAGCACCUGCAGCAUUUGGCUCAGAUACUGCAUGAAGAAGAGAAGGAUAGCCGGCCAAACCCAGUCACCCAAAAUGUCAAAAUCAUUAUGUCUGCUGGUCUCCUGAUGGUUCACUUUCACAGCCGUUUCCUAGCAACCAGGAAAACUAUGGACAUGAUUGACAUGGCAGGCAGCCAGUAUAGAAAACCAGACGUAUCACUGUGGUACUUCUACAUUCAAAGAUUGUUUACAGUCAAGGCAGAUUCUACUUUCACUUUGGCUUUGGCCAUAUUCCUGAUUGUGAAGUAUGCCUUUUAUGAUGACAACUCCAUGGAGUACCAACUUUUGAUGCCUCCCACGAACACAGAAAACACAGAGUCAACGACUCCUGAAAUUGUGCCUAAAGUUCAGAGACAAGAUAAUUUCACAUCAGAGAAGGUGGAUAAGGUUGAAUUUGUAGUUGGGGAAGAUUCUUCAGACUCAGAACCUGAGAACUCAAUGACGCAUGUAGAAACACAGACUGAUUUAGAUUCAUCCAUGUACUCACCACUGCAAAAAAUUCCCCCCUUCCAACCUCCCAGGACUACCGAGGAGUGUGUACAGAUCCUAAAAUCUGAGGCGGGUCCAAAAUCUCUUACAGAUGAAGAAAUUUCAAAUUUAGUCAAGAGUAAACACAUUCCAUCAUACAAAAUAGAAUCCAUGAUUGGAGAUGAGUGCAGAGGUGUUAAAAUAAGGAGAAAGAUGUUGACAGAGGACUUGCCCUCCGCAGAUGCUUUAGAUGGACUGCCUUAUGAGAAUUAUGAUGGCUAUGAAUUGGUAAAUGGAGCAUGCUGUGAGAAUGUCCUGGGUUACAUGCCAGUCCCUGUGGGCAAAGCUGGACCACUCAUACUGGAUGGUCAGAAGUAUUUCAUCCCCAUGGCCACCACAGAGGGUUGUCUGGUAGCCAGCACUAACAGGGGAUGUAGGGCCUUAGAGUCCAGCAAUGGAAUUCGUAGUGUUGUAGUGGGAGAUUCUAUGACCAGAGCACCUGUUGUUCGUUUACCUAGUGCCGUAGAUGCCAGCAAUCUAAAAGUAUGGAUCGAGGACAAUUUCUCUACAUUAAAAACAAUAUUUGACGAGACCAGUCGGUUUGCUCGGUUAAACAAGUUCCAGAUUGCGCAAGCUGGUCGACUUCUCUAUAUACGAUUUAUAGCUAGUACUGGCGAUGCCAUGGGAAUGAACAUGCUCUCCAAGGGUUCAGAGAGAGUUAUCUUGCACAUAAAUGAACUGUUCCCAGAGAUGGAACUUCUAAGUCUGAGUGGUAAUUACUGCACAGACAAAAAACCUGCUGCAGUCAACUGGAUUGAAGGAAGAGGAAAGUCUGUCGUGUGUGAUGCUGUCAUUCCAAGUAAAGUGGUGAAGAAUGUUCUCAAGACUAAUGUCUCUGCCUUGGUAGAUCUAAAUGUAAACAAGAAUUUAAUUGGUUCAGCCAUGGCAGGAAGCAUAGGAGGAUUUAAUGCUCAUGCUGCAAAUGUUGUGUCAGCGAUAUUUAUAGCCACUGGACAGGACCCCGCCCAGUGUGUGGCCAGCAGUAACUGUAUAACUCUGAUGGAGGCCACGGGACCCACCCAGGAAGAUCUGUACAUCAGCUGUACCAUGCCGUGUAUAGAGGUGGGGACAGUAGGAGGGGGGACUAUUCUAACAGCACAACAAGCCUGUCUUAAGAUGCUUGGAAUACAAGGACCAAAUAGUGAGAAUCCAGGAGACAAUGCUAAACAGUUGGCGAGGGUUGUGUGUGGGGCUGUUCUGGCUGCAGAGCUUUCUCUUAUGGGGGCUCUGGCAGCAGGUCAUCUAGUCAGGAGUCAUCUUAAAUACAACAGGUCAAGUAUGUACCUUGCAUCUAACAGAUCAAGCAUAGAUAGUGCCCAGUCCCAGUCUCUGCUGCUACCCCAACAUGGUAGCUCUACAAACAGUCUGCCCAUCCCGUCAGUCAACACAGCUAAAUGUAAACACAGUUGAUGAAGGUUUUAGUUAGGUUUUAAAGGAUGUGUGCCAAAGAAUUGUCAUAACAGGAGAGUCCAUUACUGUGAAUGAACAUUUAACACUGGUCAGUAUUGAUGAUGAGUGGCCAUGUGCUUGACAAUCCCAAGGUGUCCAUGAGUUUACAGGAUUAAAGCACUUUUGUGCUACACAUCUAAUAUUAUUCUUGGUGUAUCCACAAGUAAAUCUCAAUUCCUUGAGAAAGUGAACUCACUGAGAAGAGACAUGGCAUGUUGAGGAUUUUAAGCAUUUACAUCUACCUUCAGCGUUAAUUCACUGAGAAGAGACAAGGCAUGUUGAGGAUUUGAAGCGUUUAUAUUUACCCUCAGCAUUAACAGAAAGGGAUGUUUUAGUGUGUAUAGCUAUUAAAGGUGCUGAUUUUUUAUACAUUUUAGGUACUCUAUUCAUGUAAUGUAUGUACUUGCACUGCCUAGCAGUUGAUUACAUAUUUUGUGUGAGAUGAAGCUUUCAUAUUGGGCAGUCUUUAGUACAAUGUAUUGUAAAGGCAUUACUUUAGCAUUAAACAUUUUAGAAUUACUUUAUUCUCUCUUUUGGGUGCAUAGACACAAGCUAUGAAAGAUUUGACUUUAUCUUUUACAGUGGUUUAAUAGGUAAUACAUAUCUGUAUUGUAAAAGCACAGUACCUACUACAUGUACAAUGAAUACAAUAGUUUGACAGUUUAAAGUACAAAAUUAUAAUAUCAGUUUGAUAGGUACAAUUCAUCUAUUGUGGUGAGAGAAAAAAUAACCACCAUGUCAAAAUAGGUCAAACUUCUGCCUAUACCAAUGUGGGUGCAUAUUAGGGUAAAUAUGGUAUCAUUUAUAAUUUAUGUUGCAAUUGUUUUAAUACCAAAUAUAUAUAAUUUACAUUUGUAUGUACAGUUUGCUAAUAAAAUUUUAUGUGCAUCAA